AUGGGAUUGUGUUCUAGCGCCGCGGCGCAAGCUGGAACUUGGUCUUUGAUCUGCCUAGCACCAAGACUCAAACUUUUCCCUCGUACAUAUUUAAACAGAGACCGGUGCGCAGUAACACUGUCUAGAGAACAACCCACCGACCUCGUGUCUAAUAUUACUACACUCACUUUGGCCUUCUCUUCACCGGAAGAGAAACUGAGCCGACAGGAGUUGGCAGGCUUCCACUACCUCCCGGAUCUUGUUGAACAGGACAAACUGAAACUCGGCACCAUCAUCGAUGGCCUCGACAACGUGAAGGUGCUUCACGCGCCAAACGAAGCCUACCCCUCCACGAUGUUCUAUUCCUGGUUCGUCCCCGGAGGCAUCCUCGAAUGGACCGAGACGAGACCCAAGGAGCACGGCAAACUCGUGCACAUACAUAUUUACACGCUGCCCCAUUGGCUGGCCAGCGCGCUCCACGACGGCGUAGUCACCGAGGCGGUGUGCCGCAAGGUCGUCGAGCGCUCCCCGGGCGUCAAGCAAUGGCUCGCGGAUACCAACUACCGGCGGCCCGUGUACAUGGUCACCGGCUUGGGACUCGCCAAGGAGAACGGGGGGCCCGGCAGGAGGGGGAAGUUUGGCACACAUGUCGUGAUUGAGCAGUGGAAGGGGGAAGAGUUCGAUAGGAACACGUACACCAUCGCCGACAAGCUCUUUGUGGCGAAGCUGGCCGAGAUAUCAUGCGACAGGCCGUCACCUGAAGGCGAAAUCAGUAAGGCGUGGCUCGGAAGCGAAGCGUAG